AUGGGAGUUAUUGCCAAACGAUUAACGUCAUGGGCUAUUGAUAAUGAUCUUUUAUCUAAAGAACAGAAGAGUGCACGUCCUUCCGAAGGCUGUUAUGAACACACAUUUCUCCUUCAGUCCAUCAUAGGUGAAGCUAGACGCAGUCACAAAAACGUUUUUGUCGCUUGGCUGGAUCUACGUAAUGCUUUUGGAAGUAUUUCACAUUCUGCAAUCACCACCAUCCUUACGCACAUUGGAGUGCCUUUGCCGCUGAUAGAAAUGAUCAAAAACUCUUACGCUGGAGCCACUACUCAAAUACGUACCCCCACUGGUCUUACUACUGAUAUACCGGUCCUAUCCGGUGUCAAGCAAGGAUGUCCGUUGUGCCCAAUUAUCUUUAACCUGACCAUUGACCUAAUCCUCCGAGCGAUCAAACGAUCUGCUUCCGACAAUGGCCCUGCUAAAGUUCACGGCAUUCCCUUCUCUGUGCUUGCCUAUGCCGAUGAUCUUGUCAUCAUAUCCAGAAAGAAAGACCGUCUCCAGAAGCUUUUAGAUAUUGCCUCGUCUACCGCAACAGACCUUGGCUUAUCCUUCAGAGCUGAUAAGUGUGCCUCGAUCAGUCUGACUUGUUCAAACAAUUCCCAGUCGUCUUUCGAACUUAAUGAAUUUAUAGUUCAGAACAAACCUAUCCCUCCACUUGACCGUGAAAACCCUUACAAAUACCUUGGUGUUCCUAUUGGCUUAAUUCAUGACCCUGACAACAUCUCGGAUCUGGUACAGGACCUUACUCGUGAUUUGGAGAGCAUCGAGAAAUCACUGUUAGCUCCAUGGCAAAAACUGGACAUGAUCCGUACCUUCCUUCAACCUUCCUUAACAUUUGCUCUUCGUGCUGGUUUUCCCAAAAAAGAUAAUCUUUUGGUUUGCCGUUCCCACCUCGUGGCCACAGUUCGUAGAAUAUGUGCACUACCAUCCCGUGCUUCUGCUUCCUACAUCUUCGCUCACAAACGCGUUGGUGGUCUCGGUCUCCUGGAUCCAACCCUUGAGGCUGAUGUCCAGGCUAUAAUUCACGCAGUUAAAAUACUCUCCUGUUCCGACCCGACUGUAAGCAACAUUGCUAAUGCUGAGAUAAACCAAACUGUCCGACUCGCUAGCCGAUCUAAUCCAACCCCUGCUUUAAAAUCAAAAUACCUGUCCAGCCUCCCCGAUGACCGUUUGACCAACUUACGUUAUAACAUUCAAUCAUUAUGGACCCGAAUUCGUAAAUCGACACGUAACCUUGGUGUUGAAAUUUAAUUUAAUGACAAUGGUCUCCCUAUCCUUUCCACUGAGAACUCUGGUUCUGUUCUUGCCAAAGAAGCCAGUCGUUUCCUUCAUUUUCAUGUUCAAGAUCGUUUUGCUUCCACCUUAGUUGCUCUUCCUGAUCAAGGAAAAGUGGGCCGUGCGCUUACUACCGACACCUUCGCCAAUGGUUCUACCUGGCAAUAUAAUGGCUUAAACAUUCGUUUCAGAGAUUGGCGUUUCAUCCACCGAGCUCGACUUAACUGCCUCCCAGUAAAUAAUGUCAAGAGUCGUUGGUCUAAUUCUUGUCCAAAAUGUCGCCAUUGUAACUCGGAUGAGACUCUCCCUCAUGUGUUGUGCCACUGCCUUCGUAACAUGCCUAGUAUCCUGCGGAGACACAAUACCAUAGUGCACCGCAUCGUCAACGCCGUUCAAAGUGGAACUAUCACCACCGACCAACAAGUUCGCGCCGCUAAUUCUCGUCUUCGCCCUGACAUAAUAGUAGAAGAAGAUAACAAAGUGCUAAUUAUUAAUGUAUGUUGCCCGUUCGAUAAUAAUGCUGAAGCCCUACGUGAUGCUGAACAACGGAAACUUAAUAAAUAUGAAGGGUUGAAGCAAUUCUUCGUUGGUCAAGGAAAGCAAUGCGAGGUCUUUGGUUUUGUGAUUGGUGCCCUUGGUUCCUGGCAUCCAGCCAAUGAAAACGUUUUACGACAACUUGGGAUGUCCAAACGAUAUCGUUCUUUGUUUAGGAAAUUGUGUUGCACUGACGCAAUCCAAGUAUCAACAAACAUUUACCGGGAACAUCUUGGAAUAACAGAGGGUUCUGUGGAUGCAGAUAACUCUGAGUAG